UGUCCUCCCUGCACUUGCUUGACCUCCCGCUGCUCCACACGCACAUCACAAAGCACAAGCUACCUGCAGAGGGAGGGAAUGGGCGAAGAAGGGGUAGCUGCUCCGUUGCUGGAUGGGAAGAUCAAGGCGAGGAGAAGCGAUAAUGGCGACGGAGAGGCGGCAGCAGCAGCAGGGAGAAGGAGGUGGUGGCGGUGCCUGUGGGACGCGGAGGAGGCGGCGGGGCAGGUGGCGUUCGCGGCGCCCAUGGUGGCCACCAGCAUGGCCUUCUACGCCAUCCCGCUCGUCUCCGUCAUGUACGCCGGCCGCAUCGGCGACCUCGAGCUCGCCGGCGCCACGCUGGGCAACUCGUGGGCCACCGUCACAGGCAUCGCGCUCAUGACUGGGUUAAGCGGGUCUCUGGAGACGCUUUGCGGCCAAGGCUAUGGCGCACAGGUGUACCGCAUGCUGGGUGUGUACCUCCAGGCAUCCAUCAUCACGUCGGCUCUCUUUUCGGUCCUCGUCUCGCUCCUGUGGCUCUACACCGAGCCACUCCUCAUUUUCCUGCACCAAGACCCCGAGGUCUCAAGAAUGGCAGCGGUGUUCCUAAGAUACACAAUCCCGGCACAGUUUGCCUUUGGCUUCAUCCAGUGUAUCCUCAGGUUCCUGCAGACACAGUCCGUGGUGAUGCCACUGGUGGCGUUCUCGCUCCUGCCACUUGUGUUCCAUGUCGGGAUUACCCAUGCCUCCGUGCACUACCUGGGGCUCGGCUUCGCAGGCCCAGCCAUGUCAACUUCGCUGUCUCUCUGGCUAUCUUUCAUUAUGCUCGCAUCCUAUGUGAUGUUGUCGACGAGAUUCAAGCAGACCUGGGGUGGAUUUUCAACAGAAGCGUUUCAGUACGUGCUGCCCGGCCUCAAGUUAGCUGUUCCCUCUGCAAUGAUGGUGUGCUUUGAGUACUGGGCGUUUGAGAUAUUGGUGUUGCUUGCUGGGCUGAUGCCAGAUUCUCAAAUGAGCACUUCUAUUAUUGCGAUGUGUGCAAACACGGAAUCAAUUUCAUACAUGAUCACCUACGGGUUCGCUGCUGCCAUCAGCACAAGGGUAUCGAAUGAGCUGGGAGCAGGUAAUAUUGACAAGGCAAAGAAGGCACUCAAGGUGACGCUCGCGCUCUCCCUACUCCUGGGAGUGACAUUUCUUCUGCUCCUAGGUCUUGGCCAUAAUUUGUGGGCCGGGCUGUUCAGCAAGAGUGAGGCAGUGAUAAGUGCAUUCGCUUCGAUGACUCCAUUUCUCAUUGGGUCAGUGGUGCUGGACUCCACGCAGGGAGUCCUGUCAGGGGUUUCAAGAGGCUGUGGUUGGCAGCACCUGGUCGCAUGGACCAACUUGGUGGCCUUCUACAUAAUAGGCUUGCCAUUGUCUCUCCUACUUGGAUUCAAGCUUGGCUUUCAUACUAAGGGGUUGUGGAUGGGUCAGAUAUGCGGUCUCCUUUGCCAGAAUGCCGUUCUCCUGUUCAUCACGCUCCGAACAAAGUGGGAAAGAUUGGAACUGGCGACAAACAGCAAAGAGGGCGACCUUAUCUGUUGAGAAUUUAUAAAGCUCGUUAGGUUUAACUUGAACAUGGAACUGGAAGUUUGAGAGAUGAAGUGCUGUAAAUGUAGACAGUACCAAGCAACAUACCCUGAACAUGCCUGGGUGUAGCUAGUAGCAAGUAGGAAGAGCUGAAUAAAAUGUUGCACCAGUUUUGUGUGAUAAAAAAGAUCUGGAAUGGUGUACCAAUACCUCCGAAGCAGUGUUUGCUAAUAUGAAUAUAUGAUGCUAGAAUACAAACAGAGUUCAGAAA